AUGACCUGUUUUCAGCUCCCGGUUUCCCUUUGCCAGCAAAUCCAGUCCGCCCUAACCCGAUUCUGGUGGGAUAACAGCAGCGGUAGUAAUAAGAUCGCUUGGAUUGCAUGGACAAAACUGAUCCUCCCGAAGGAGCAGGGGGGAUUAGACUUCAGAGAUAUUCAGAGCAUCAAUGAUGCAUUCUUAGCUAAGCUCAGCUGGAGAAUUAUUCGAAAUCCUGAGAGCCUUCUUAGAAGAAUCCUUCUCGGCAAAUACUGCCCUACCGGUGACUUUCUGACAUGUCCUGUUAGCAGUGCUCCAUCUCAUGGAUGGUGUGGGAUCUUGGUAGGCAGAGAUAUCAUAUUAGAGAAUGCGGGAUGGGCUGUUGGUGAUGGAGCAAACCUCAGUGUGUGGGAAUCUCCCUGGCUCAGCCUCACCCAACGAGAAAGACCUAUGGGACCGGCCCCGAAACACCUUACCAAUCUCAAAGUAGCAGACCUUUUCCUGCCAGAGAAAAAUGAAUGGGAUCUUGCAAGGAUAAACCAGUGGCUCCCGUUUGAAGAGGAGAAGAUUAGAAUGUUGAAGCCAAGCCUGAGUGGAGCUCCAGACAAGAUCUUUUGGUUAAAAUCCGCCAGUGGAGAAUAUACGACGAAGACAGGCUAUGCGAUUGCUCUUCUGCUCCAUCUCGAUCAAGCUUUGAUCCCUCAAGGAGAACCUGACUACAAUUGGAAGCAAAAUCUUUGUGGUCUUUCCGAAUCUAUUGAUCAUCUGUUCCUUCACUGUAAAUUUGCUAAAGAGGUCUGGAAAUCAGCACCGGUGUGGCCAAGCAGUGAUUACAGCGGAACGGUAGAUUUGAGAAGUGAAUGGCAUAGUCUCUGCACUAGGAAAAAACUCCCCCCGACAGGACUCUCGUCGGGAGCUCUAGCGCCUUGGAUUCUGUGGCAAUUAUGGAAAGCAAGGAACAGUUUGAUAUUCAAGGAUAAAGGCUUCUCGGCAACAGAAGUUAUCUCCAUGGCUAUAGCUGCAGCUCGGGAAUGGAACGACAACCAGCACAAGACCCCUGUUUUGAGCCGCUCGCAACCAAUUAGAACGAUCCCUCAGGAGAGGUGUGUCCUGGUAAGAUCUGAUGCUGCCUGGUCGGAGGCAAAUAAUAUUGCAGGGCUUGGAUGGAUUGUUAAAUCGCAGAGUUCGAGGAGAUUUGUAGGCUCCCCACUCGUAGCAGAAGGACUGGCUCUGCGUGAGGCUGUGACAAAGUGCAAAGAGCUUGGCCUCACUAGGGUGAGAUUCGAGUCUGACUGUGAUCAACUCAUCAAAGCCCUGACCUCAGACUACCCUAUGGCUGCACUCUACGGCAUCGUCUCUGAUAUUAAGUCUGUUGCUCUAUCUUUUGAAUGUAUUUCAUUUUCGUAG